CGCGGGCGUGGGUGUCGGGGUGCCAGGCUCAGCCCCCAAGGUUCCUCGGCGGGAUUAGAAAGUCACACCGGCCACCCCGAGCCCGCCAGCCCCGCACGCUCCUGCCGGGAACUUUCUCACAGGCGCUCGCCGCCUCGCAGGCGUAGGGAGCGCUGCUCCGACCCGCGCCCCGGCUUCCCCGCGGUGCCCCCUGCUCCCCAUCUCCUGGGUGUCUGCGCGUCCCCCUUUCUGCACCCGACUGCGGAACCACUCCUCCAGGGGAUGCCCAGAGAACCUGGGGGUGAGGGUGCAGACAAACAAGCAUGGUCCUGGGGGCCCUCAGAUCUGGAAGUUCAUAGCUGCCAGAUGGGUGACACUGCUUCACCCCUGGCAGGGCUGGGGAGGGCGCUCGCCAUCAGUUCCCCCAGCCCAGCCCAGCCUGUCGGGAGGUGCCCCACUGGCUGGGGUGGGUGGAUGGGUCAUAUAUCUAAAAUAUCAGGGGCGGAUUUACCUUGAAGCUAAUGAAGUUUAAGCUUCAGAGUCCUUCAGUGUUAAUUUUGUAUUAGUUAGUAAUCUUGUGUUCCCUUUCUUAAAGAGACCCCCCCCCCCCAAUUGCAUAAGUCAGCUUGGCUCUCACAAAAUGUGGACCCACCCCUGGGGCCAACUCACACCCUUCCCAUUCUAACUGCCAGUCUCUCAGGAGAACUCACAGCCCUGCUGGCCCAUGGGCCGUCCCCAGGGCCUAGUGCAGAUCCCUGGUGCCUGGGAGAUGAGCCCUGAGGCAGGAGGCUGGGAAAUUUGGAGCUGGGAGGCAGCUGCUGGUCUGCAGGGAAGGGUCUGGCUGCCUCUUCUUUCUCUCUCUGGCCCCUAGCUCCUUGUCCCACCCCACCACCUCCCACUAUGGUGAUCAACUGUCCUGGUUUGCACAGGACCACCUGGUUUUAGCACCGAAAAUCCUGCAUCCUGGGAAAUCCCUCAGUCACAGGGCAGACCAGGACAGUUGGUCAGCCUACACCCACAACCUUCUCAGGCUGUUAUGCGGGGUGGGUUGGCCUUCAUCAAAGGGAUGGGGGAAACUUGUUUUCUGGGGUGCAGAUAUGGCCUAGGCCUCCGCAAAGCCUAACAAAUGGUCACUGCAGCUUCCUGGAAGUCUGUUCAGGGCUCCCAGAACCCAAAGAGGAAAAGUUUGCCGACUGUGCCUUCUCCACUCUAGCUGGUUGCAAAUUCCUGUGUGUGGGCUGUGUUUGUGUGAGAAAGGGGCCGGGUAGGGCAUCUGAACUUGGCCAGCAGGUACCCUGAUUGGACUGCAAAGUCUGUAGGUUCACUCUGUCCUGUCAACUGUGGUGGCCACAGGAAAGGAGCCCUUGUCACUCUGAACACCUCUCUGAGUGUCACCAGUGAGGCCAGCUUGUAACCCCGUUUUGGAGACAGCUGCAUUGUGUUGGGAGCAGGGCCCUCGGGCUGAGGCACGUCUGAUGGCCUCCUCGCAAGAGUUCUGGAAUAUCUGGUCUACCCAGGCCCUCGGGCACCGAGUCUGCCCCCCCAACCCCAAUGCAAGAACCCUUCCUCAGGACUUUCCUGCCAGGUGCAGCGACAAGCUGCUAGGACCUGCCCAAAACUUUGUAAAGCAGCCAGGAGCACCCUCUAUCUCACCGUAACCUUAGGGGCUCAUCAACUGGCCUCCGUCUGCCGUCCCCAGAGGCGUUUCAAGGGCAUUUGGGAGCACUCUUGGCAGUGUCAAAGUGAUAGUACAGGCUCAUCACUUGUGGAAUGUGUUGGGUGCACACUACCUCCCCCAGCCCCAGGACAUCUGAGGAUUCCACCCUGGUGUUGUGGGCCUGCCCCUGGGCCUAGAGGCAGCUUGGGUGGGAGUGAGCAUGGGCCCGGGACUUACCUGCCUGCCCAGCUAUUACCCAGGACCUGAGAGGGAGGCCGCUGAUGAGAGGCUCAUGUCUGGCUCUGUCAACCCAGCAGGCCCCUUCCUGGCUGGGAGCUCAAGUCACCCAAACCCUCCAAGGUUUGCUGGGUGGCUCCGUAAGCCAGAAGGCCUCCAUGGAGGCCCUUCUCCAGACCAACAUAGGAGCUCAAAGCUCACAACUGGGGGUGCAGAGAGAGCCGCCUGUGGACGCAAGCAGCCCUUCACACACAGCGCCAGUCCUCUGCUGACAUGCCUGCGUCACUUCUGCAGCCCCUUCCUCAGCACCCCAGGCCCACUGUAGUCCCUGGGUUGGGGCCCCUGAUUCCCCAAAGGGAUGCCAGUGGUGUGGCUGCUAAUUGGAUACCUAGGAGGCUGCGGAGAGCUGGUGUUGGGACAAAGAGUCCCAAGUACCACACAUAGAUAAGAGAGUAGGAAAGUGGUCCCAGCUAGUCAGUCCUGAUUUGUGGGUCAGGGCCAGACCUGGAGGUGAGGAGGAGCAGCCUGCAGGUCAGGAGCAAAAGUGCAGCCCUUGAGGAGUGAAUGCCUCCGGGUAGCACCAAGGUGUCUGCAGCAAGAAGCUACCCCUUGCCAGCCUGUCAGGCCCGCUGCUUGCUACACUGUCUGGCCCCCAGCUCAGGCUGGGGGGAGGGGCUAAAUGUGCCAGUGGCAGCAGUGCCAAAGGCUCCCGGGACCCUCAGGGUAUGGCUCUGGCUGCAGUGGCAGGGGAGAGAUCAAGCUCACAGUCCUGAGGGCUGAUGAUUCUGACCAAAAUGAUAUCUUUAACAUCAAAUAUACUCAAGGACUAUUAGGAUUAAGUAUUCAAGAUGAAGGGGAAAGCGAAACCCUCUGAGCUGCAGAUGAGGCAUCUCAUUAGAGGCAGCCUCUCUUCUGUUUUCUCAAAGGCUGACUUCCCUGCCUGGGACAGAGGAAGAUGGGCUGCAGCACCCUCCCCCAUGCCCCACUCUCUUCAAGUACCCUGCACUGGGGUCUCCAGGGCUUAAGGGGCCUGGCCUGGGCUCCAGGUCUCCUUUGUACCCAAUAACCCCCCCCCCAUUAUCUACAUUCACAUGCGUUAUCUCAUCUGAUCCCCACAACAAGGUCUCCCACCUCACAAACAGGGAAACUGAGGUCCAGAGAGAGAAAUUGACUUCUAAGGUCCACUGUUGGUAAUAGGCAUAGUUGGGAUGAAAUCCCAACUGGUGUUCCUUUGGCCUCAGCUUCAGCUUCCUUCUCCCUGCUUGGGUCUAGUCCUCAGAAGUGAUUGCCAGUGUUGAGCCUCUGACACGUCUGUCUGGAGCCCUCCUUGGACCAGAGAAAAGCCAUUAAGAUUUCCAUCACAUCCUGGAACUCUGUACUGUCAAGACAAAAAGCUCUUGGUAUUUGAGUGGGCUUCCUGGACUAGGCAGACGAGGCUCCAGCCCUAGGGCUCUGGAGAGAAGCAGGGUUCAAGAGGAGAGGAGAUGGACACUGUCUCCCUUCCUGCCUCCAGAUUCACAGAGCAAGAAUUAUCAACUCUGUAAUAGCAGGAAUCUUUGUUUGGUUCACUGCUGAAUCCCCAGUGCCUUAGAAUAGUGCUUGUUGCAUAAUACGUGCUCAGUAAAUAGUUGCGGAAUGAGAAAAGUCUUCGAGGCCAUGCUGUGCUUGCUCAGAGAGAAGCUGAGACAGGAUCCCACUCCCUAUGGAAUCGGGAUGCUCUUGGGAGACUGCAGGGGUCAGGGUGGUGGUAUAAGACUCACGGUGGGAGAGGUGGUGCCCUGCAGAGGGUUAACUUUGCCAAACAAUCCAGGAAGUAACCAGAAACCCCGAGGAAGAGCAGGUAGGAAGGGAGGGUACAAAGUCAGAGAAAGAUCACCCAAGUGGGAGCGGGCCAGAAAUCAAGGCAGAAGGGCUGGAAGUGACAGGCAGGGGUAGUCCACCAGUCAAAUAACCAGGAUGAGAACCCUGGGUCCUGAGCGGAGCCACACUCCGAGCUGGGGCCGAGAGGCCUCCAGGUGGCGCUGCAGAGCCGAGCAGCCGCGAGUUUCCACUCCCCAUUAACCCGGGAGGGAGGGGGGCCUCGGGAAAUGUGUGCAUUUAUUCAGUAGCAGGAGUGCAAACCUCAUACAUUGAGGGAGAAAGGCAGCGGGAGACGGCCGCCGAGAUUCCCCCAUCUCUUUGAAUAUAAUUUUAGAUUGAGAUUCAGAUUAAAUCCGAGGGGAAAACACUUUAUGAGGCUGAAAGCUGUGUCGUUGCCAGAGCCAGGGUUAUGAGCUAUCAAAUGCAAUUACAUUAAGACAGAUUAUACUGGGCAAAUUGAGCCAUUUAGAAGGUGAGAAUCAAAGAAACGGCUCUGAUCCUCUCUUCCCCCUGCUAUCUCCCUCUCUCUCUCUCUCUAAAUUGCAGUUCGUAGUUCCUUGCAAUCCUGAGGCACAAAAGUAGGUGAGACUGCUUUUGUAUCUGCGAAGUGCUUCACUCCUGAAUGUAAUUCUAGCUGAGUGCAAUCUAGGUUAAGAGCCGGACAAGCGGGUAAUUAGAGCCUGCUCGCUGCCAGAGGACCGGCCGCCCCGCCGAAGCGCGCCCGGAGUCGGCGCCCUUCUCCCGGCCGAGUCAAGCUGCGGCUGGACACGGAGCGCCCGAGAUGAUGGUGCUGGACAAGGAGGACGGUGUGCCGAUGCUCUCCGUCCAGCCCAAAGGGAAGCAGAAGGGCUGCGCGGGCUGCAACCGCAAGAUCAAGGACCGCUACCUGCUGAAGGCGCUGGACAAGUACUGGCACGAGGACUGCCUCAAGUGCGCCUGCUGCGACUGCCGCCUGGGCGAGGUGGGCUCCACCCUCUACACCAAGGCCAACCUCAUCCUGUGCAGGCGCGACUACCUGAGGCUCUUCGGCACCACAGGAAACUGUGCCGCCUGCAGCAAGCUGAUCCCAGCCUUCGAGAUGGUGAUGCGGGCCCGGGACAACGUUUAUCACCUUGACUGCUUUGCCUGCCAGCUCUGCAACCAGAGAUUUUGUGUGGGAGACAAAUUCUUCCUGAAGAACAACAUGAUCUUGUGUCAGAUGGACUAUGAGGAGGGGCAGCUCAAUGGCACCUUUGAAUCCCAGGUUCAGUAAUGCCCAGCGCCUGACCUCCAGGCCCGUCUGUCCGUCUGCCCGCCUGCCCACCGCCUAGCCGGCCAGCCGCUCUCCUGCGAUUAGAACUCCUCUGUCCUCAUUGGGAAGGACGGCCCCUCCUCCACCACCGCCCGUCUGUGUGUGACCCUCCUGGGGCCAGGCUGGGCCUGUACAGUCUGUCUUCUGUAUAUAAAUGGGAACAUUUAUUUUAUGAAAAAUGUAAUGCGAUUUUAUUACUGGCGUGGAUUAAACUUAUGAAUGUUUCUGGGGA